AUUUGGUCCAGUUGCGAGAAAUGAAAAUUGGAAGUUGCAGAAUGAUGACAGAAAUAGUAUCAAAUAAGACAGAAGAUGUAGCAGCAGAAGAUGAAAUUGUUUUUGGCAAACUGAAAUUGUUGUCACUUGAAAACUUACAAUGCCUCACAUGCUUCUACUCUGGGAAUUAUGCAUUGAAAUUUCCGUCUUUGGAUAAAUUAACUGUAUAUGAUUGUCCUACGAUGAAGACUUUCUCUGUAGGAAACUUAAAUACACCAAGUUUACAGAAAGUUCAACAAGAUUGGCCGGAUAAAGACAAAUGGAGUUGGAAGGGUGACCUAAAUGCAACCAUACAACCAUUGUACGAAAAAGAGGUUAACUCUAAGUCAGAGGAAUUGACACUAAGUGGAAAAGACGUCACACUUAUAUGACAAGACCAACUUGCAGAACAUCAGUUUUCUAAAGUGAAAAUUCUUAAGAUCACUAAGGAUGAAUCAUCGAACAUUCCAAUUGGAAUCCUUCAGAAAUUUAACAAUCUUAAAAAACUUAUACUACGAUCGAGUUCAUAUAAAGAGAUAUUCUCAUGUGAAAAAGAUGAGAAACAUGUAAGCAUGCUCACACAAAUAAAGGAACUAGAGCUACGGGGGCUUUUCAAUUUGGAGUACAUGUGGAAAGAAAAAUAUCAUCUGGACUCAAUUCUUCAAAAUCUUGAAAUGUUACACUUAAAU